AUGGGUGGUGGCGGAAAGAUCCCGUACCCCAAGGAAGUUUGGUCCCCUGCUGGUGGUUGGUACGCCCGCCCGGCCAACUGGAAGGCCAACACUGCGGUCAUGGGUGCCUUUGUUAUUGGCAUUGCUGCUAUGGCUUUCAGCCUCAGUGCCGAACGCGAGUACCGCGACAAGAUGCCUGAGCCCGGCCGAUUCUUCCCCAGCCGAUACUGGAGCCGACAGAUCAGAGAACACGAGGCAGCACAGGCCACCAAGAACGAGUCAUAG